UGUGUUGUGCUCGGAAGUGUCUCGGGUCUUUUGGGGUGACUGCGAGAGUGAAAGCGGCGUGCUUUGCAUCGCUACUUAUUAGAAAUUGAUCCGUGUUCUGCCUUUGUUCGGUUCAAUCAUUGAUCAGCGUGGAGCGACCGGGGAGCAGCACAGCCUCCACCAGCCACACCGAUCUGGGAUCAGCACCGCGGACAGCACUGUUAUUUUUUUUCUUUCUUUUUUUCUGCUAAAAUCUCGACAGUGAGCAGCUCGCACCGCUGUGCUCGCACGUACGGAAACUUUUAAUGUGCCGUUGAGUCGCUCUUCUUUCAUGGUAACUUUUCACACAGCUUUGCGUUUUGUACGGUUUGUGUCGACGGACGUCACGACGCUGCUGGCUGAACCGGUCUUUUGCUUUAAACCUCAAAUUUGUGUCGUUUUAGUUGCUUGUAACCUCCAAGAUGAUAAGUUUAUUUGCAAGUUUUUUUAAACGGCGGUAUUUGCUAGUGUUUUUACAUUUUACGGAAGCACGUUGGUCAUAACGCUUGGACCGGACGUUGAGGUUGAUAUCAAGCAAAUACAAACACGUUUUUAUGGGGGUUGGGGGGGGGGGGGGUCGAACACGCCGUCUUUGAAGCUUCCAAACGAUCAUCUGGUCGAUUUAUGUGGCACUGAAAUGUGUCUUAACGGCUGACGUGGGGAAUGUGGCAGAGGGAGCUCAACUCCGUAGCAUCUGAGCUGGCGGGGCGACAAGAGGAAAGUGAACAUUCUCAUAAGCAUCUACUAGAACUGAAUAGGGAGUUCAGGAGAAAUGUACCUGAGGAAGUCCGGGCGAUGGUGGCACCAGUUCUCAAGAGUUUCCAAGCCCAGGUGGUCGCUCUGAACAAACGGAGUAAGGAGGCUGAGUCUGCAUUCCUUGGAAUCUACAAACAGCUUAUUGAGGCCCCGGAUCCAGCUCCUGUCCUGGAGGCCUCACACACACUGGAGGAGAGGCUGCAGCAGCUUCAAACUUUGGCCCCUGACAGUGGGGCCCUAGUGAGGGAGAUCAGCGGGCACUGGAAGAAAAACUUGGAGUGCCUCGAGAAGACAGAGCCCACAGACAACGGUUUUGCAGCGAAGAUUGGAGACUCCCUUGAGUCGACCACUCCAGUCCAUGAUAUGACCCCCAAUAGCACCCCUCCUGCAGCCCCAGGCUCGCCACAGGAGAUCUACCGGGACCAAACUGAGGCACGGAGGGAGGAGGAGAAUGCUGGUGUUAGUUUGGCUGAUAAACUGUCAGAGGCAGAGGAGAAAAUCAAGGUUCUGCAUUCAUCGUUGGAUACUUCACAGACUGAGCUGCUCGACCUGCGGUGUAAAUAUAACCAAGAGAUGACGAACAAGGUAGAAGAAGUCGGCAUCCUCAUGGCCAAGCUUGAGAAGGAAAACCAGAGAGCAGAAAUGGCCCAGAAGGAAGUGCAGCGGCUAAAGGAGCAGCUAGUCAGUGGGCCAAAUGCCUCUGCAGGGAGCUGUCAACUAAUAGAUGGCAUGAGUAAGGAGAACAACAAGAGGGGUGAAGCAUUGCUCUCCAAACUGGAGGCCACCCUGCUUGCGAAAGACCGUGAAAUUAUCCGUCUUCUUGAAAAUAUUCAGCGGCUUCAGUUCACACUUCAGGAGGUUCAAGAGACCUCAGCAAAUCGAAUCAUGGAGCUAGAACGGCAGUUGGCCUACAAGACAGAAGCUAUUGAAAGAUUAGAAACUAAACUGAAAUCCCAAAUGGAUUAUGAGGAGAUUAAAACCGAACUCAGUAUCUUAAAGGUAAUGAAGCUGGCCUCUACAAAUGGCAGCUCGUCCCAGGAUUCUACAAAGGCCACAGAGGCACUUUUACUGGAUAAAGAGGCAUUUCUCCCGUCUCACAAAUACCUGAUGGAAAAGGCCAGACUAUUGCACAGCACUGAUGAUGAUCGGUCGGAGGAUGGAGGCCGCGAGACAGACAGGCCACCCGGCUCCAACUCAUCAUUCUCUCAAGUCGAUGGUAGUCAGGCUUCUCCGAGCCCUGGUCCUCCCACACUGGAUGGCUCGUCCAACAGCCAUGAUCUCCCUCGUCCCUUCUCUGUGUCACCGUGUUCUGGUGACCGACUAUCAGGGGAUCACCUCCUGCACAAGCAUCUUCUCUCCCCACAUUUUAAAAAGGAGGGCCAUGUGGCUUUUCCCACUGCACUCUACGCAGCCAAGGUCGCCCUCAUGUCAACCGCUCAAGGGUCCGGUAGCAGUGACACAGGCUUGCCUAGUGACCACUCCGAAAGUGGUGGCUCGACUGCAGGGGACGAUGACCAAGUCGACACAGCAGAGAUCGCAUUCCAGGUGAAAGAGCAGCUGCUGAAGCACAACAUUGGCCAGCGUGUCUUUGGCCACUAUGUGCUUGGCCUCUCCCAAGGCUCAGUCAGUGAGAUCCUUGCCAGGCCCAAACCCUGGAGGAAGUUGACUGUGAAAGGCAAAGAGCCCUUUAUUAAAAUGAAGCAGUUUCUCUCUGAUGAGCAGAACAUCCUGGCACUUCGGACCAUCCAAGUCCGUCAAAGAGGGAGCAUCACUCCACGCAUCCGAACUCCAGAAACUGGGUCAGACGACGCCAUCAGGAAUAUCCUGGAGCAGGCCAAAAAGGAGAUCCAGUCCCAGCGGGGAGGGGACUGCAAGACACCUGUGAACACCUCCUUGGGCAGAAGCAGUAAUGGGGCAGGCAACAGCUCUGAUGAAACCAUUAAGAACAUCCUACAACAGGCCAGGAGGGAGAUGGAGUCCCAGCAACAGGUCUUGAUAGAUAUGGAAGGCUGUGGAAGAGCCUCGACAGUUGGCACAGGAGCCCAAGUGGAGCAUCUGGGGCCCCAUGAGCAAUCCAGGGGUCUACCUUUGCCCAUCUCCAUUAAACAAGAGGAGGGAGGCUGUGUUACUGUUUGCAUGGCCAAUUCCAUCAGCAGUCCCCAGACACCCCUCAGCGUUCUGUCUCCAGCUGCUUUCGUUCAGAAUAUCAUCCGCAAAGUAAAAUCCGAGAUCGGAGAGGUCGGCACUUACUUCGACCAGCACUGGUCUCAGGAGCGGGGGACGAUGGGGCUCGGUGUCGGAAGCUGCCAGCCCUUUAAUUCCAUUUCCCCCUCCGUGUCUUCCUCCUCUUCCGGUCCCUCUGUAUCGACGCGGCCCUGGCCCCGCCUGGAGAACGGUGAGUGUCUCAGCGAAGAGGCCUCUGCUGCUGAAGAAGAGCUCGGGCUGACCCGACCCAUGGAUGUGAAGGUGGAGUCAGACACCUCGGUCAGUGGCGAGUCCCCGGGGCCUAGUCCCGGCCGCCUUUCUUACUAUCCGGCGUACAUUCCCCGAGCUUUGAAGCCCACAGUGCCACCACUGACUCCAGAACAGUAUGAGUUGUACAUGUACCGAGAGGUGGAUACCAUUGAGUUGACCAGGCAAGUGAAGGAGAAGCUGGCAAAGAAUGGAAUCUGUCAGAGGAUCUUCGGUGAAAAGGUGCUUGGGCUUUCUCAGGGGAGCGUGAGCGACAUGCUGUCACGGCCCAAACCCUGGAGCAAGCUGACUCAGAAAGGCAGGGAACCCUUCAUCCGCAUGCAGCUCUGGUUACUUGACCAACUAGGCCAAACCCUCAACCAAGCUCCGCACCAGGGUCAUGAUAAAAGCCCAGUCACUACAAAGUCUUCGCUGUCCCCACCGUUGAGUCCAACAGAGGGUCAACCGAGUCCAUUGGUUGAACCAGUGAGCCUCUCCCUUGAGAGCAGUAAGGAGAACCAGCAGCCUGAGAGUCUGGUCCUGGGACUGCCUCCACAGCCCGAGGGAGGGAAGUCAACUCCCAACCUCAUCGCUCUACAUCACCCUGCAAACCCACUUGGCAUCCAGGAGCUAGUAGCCAUGUCGUCUGAGCUGGACACCUAUGCCAUCACAAAAAAAGUAAAAGAAGUGUUAACAGACAAUAACCUCGGCCAGCGCCUCUUUGGGGAGACAAUUUUGGGUCUGACUCAAGGCUCAGUGUCAGAUCUGUUGUCCCGGCCAAAACCCUGGCACAAACUUAGCCUCAAAGGCAGGGAGCCAUUUGUGCGCAUGCAGUUGUGGCUCAAUGAUCCUCACAAUGUGGAAAAGUUGAGGGCGAUGAAGAAGAUGGAGAAGAAAGCUUACUUGAAGAGGCGUUACGGGCUACUGAGCACGGGCUCAGACAGCGACUCGCCCAGUACUCGCUCUGAGUGUGUGAGUCCAGCUUUAGCCUCAUUGGACCUGUGUUCCUACGGUCAGGUGAAGAAGCCUCGAGUAGUGCUGGGAGCAGAGGAGAAAGAAGCCCUGAGGAAGGUCUACCUCUUGGAACCGUACCCCUCUCAGAAUACCAUUGAGAUGCUAGCUGCCCAGCUCCACCUCAAAAUCAACACUGUUAUCAACUGGUUUCACAACUACAGGUCCAGGAUGAGACGUGAGGUGCUGAUGGAGGGUCUGCCAGACAACGACACUGAUACUGAGCACCAGAACUACUCGCCUUCGCUAACAAAGAGCCCCCACUCUGACGGAGAGGAGAGGAGGCUGCAGCAGCCCUCAGGACAAAACCACAACAGCCUUCCUCUCAGCAAUGCUGCGCUACCUUACGUCAAACAGGAGGCAGUGGAGGGAGAGAACAUGGGGAAGGUGGCGGAAGAGGGCUCGAUGAGACAAACGAGUGCUCUGUGUUUUUCCACUGCAGUGCAAAUCCCACAAUAUAAAAGUGAACACGAUGAGUCCCUUAUGGCUGGCCAGACUGUGGGGCAGGAAGAGGGGAUGAGCAAUCAGGCUCCCGUGUACAGUAGCACCACCUCUAUAGAUGCCCCCCAGACAGUGAAUCAGUCCAGGCAUGAGGGGGAAGACUCUGGAAAGUCGCCCAUUGACCCGGUCAGCUUCAAGGCCUCGUCAGAAGCCUGCCGCAGCAGCUUGGAGGUCUCCCUCAACUCCCCCUCUGCUGCAUCCUCCCCAGGUAUCAUGAUGUCAGUCUCUCCUGUGCCCUCUUCCUCUGCUCCAAUAUCCCCGUCACCGCCGAACCCGCCCUCAACAAGCACCAAUCACAGCCUGGACCCGAACGCGCCCCCUUCUUUCCAAAACCCCAAGCUCAACAGAAACACUCAGAGACGUAAUGAGAAAAUGGCAAAUCUCAAUAAUAUCAUCCACAGGUUGGAGAGAGCAGCCAAUCGAGAGGAAACACUGGAAUGGGAGUUUUAAGUCUCCGCUAACUUGUUUGUUGUGCUGUUGAGCUUUUCAGUGUGCUGCAGUAUAGCAAAGAAGAGCUUCCUGAAGACUUGGAAUGGAGCCCAGCUCCUGAUAGGCCUCUUCUUCCAAAGUGAAAACUUGUUGAAAAUGGCAACACAGAGCAAACAUUUGCUCAGUUCCCCACAAUAACUUAAAUGUUGGGGACAAAUGUUUAUAAAUGGGUUUUUUCUUCCUCCUUUUUUUUUUUUUUUAAUGCGUACCACUUUGAGCUAUGUAUGACAGCAAGCUGUCCUUUUACCUACUUGGACUAGACAUGGAGACUUUUGCAGCUAUGGUGUCAUAAAGAUGUACACUGAAAUCCUGUAGAUUGCCACUGGGUGAGAUUAAAAAGACCCCUGUCUUAAAGCCAUGAAAAAGCACUAUAACUAUUUGAAAAGAGACAUUUGACCAAAUUUGCUACUUUUGAAUAGCAAUUUUUCAGAUUUUGUCUUUAAGACUGGACUGAUAAGUCAACUCACAUGUGAUCCUUUUACCGACUAAGAAAUAGUCCCUUAAGACUCUAAAUAUUCAACAUCUUGUAAUUAAUUCCUUGGUGAUAUGUUUUCAACUCUUUGUAACACACGUAUAAAAUGUGGUUGUACAUGUUGUAGAAUCGUCUGCAAUAGCCUUCUCGAAACCUGAUGUAGCAUGGUACUCACUUGACCCCAUUAUCCUUUGUAGUUAGUCUCCUGUGCUUAUACUUGAGUGAAACGAGAGAAAAAAACGAUGAAAAUCUCACACACAAAAAAACAACAACAAAGGAAGAGACAAAUAUAAUGAGACAACACCCCCCUGCCCCUUUUUGUGCAGAUUUAUUGUUGAGGACCCUUGUGCUUUGGGUAGCAGUUUGAUAUGAGAGUCAUAAACUAAACCAAAGCACAGUUUAUACCGUUUCUUCUUUCACAGUUCCCUCUUUGUUAGACAGAUUUACAGACCAAGACACAUGAGACAAAGUUGACCUCAGAUUAUCUAAAUGCACAUCAUCCGAGGACGAUGUGUUUAAUUCUUAUACUUGGUGGUUUAAAAAAACUUCCAGGACUGGUGUCACAAAAGAUAUAAUUUUACACCCCCCUCUCAAAAAAAAAGUUUUUUUCCUUCAUUGUGGGCCAGAUUAACCAGCACGUCGACAACGAUAUCCUAUGGCGUUUGCCUCAUUCACCGUACGAAAAGAGGUGAGAUUUGUAGCUGCUCACAACGUCCUCACAUCUGGCAGUUCCCAGCUAAGGGGAAACUUGUCGUUUGUAUAUGAAAUAUCAGUUUUGACACCAGUCUAGGAACGUUUUCUGACACGUCGCACAUGAACAUGAUCCACGCUUGUCGGAAUAAAUGGAGCAAAACAACUCAUUUGACAUUUGUGCAUUUGGCAUGCAAACGAGUAUCGAGUUUUGUUUGGUGGUUUUCAAUGAAAGGAGCUUAUUUUCUUUGAUCAAUCCUCCUCACAGCCAACACCUGACUGAGUGCACUUUCUCAAAAUGGAUAUUGUACUGUAGCUAGAAUAAUAAUGUAUACUUGAUGAAACACCUCAACCUCGAAAGCAUCGACAUUGUGAUUAACGCAUGUUAUGACACUACAGAGAGCAUGAUCAUUUCAGAAUGACCUCAUUAAUCUGGGGUGAAAAAAAACAAAACGAUGAGUACAUUUUAUUCUGGGAUGCACAUGGUUACACUUACCACCAUACGUUAUAUUUGACCAGUUGUGUUUUGUGUGUCAUAUUUUUUUUUGUCAUGCUUGCAAAAUCUUCUUUUCUGUAUUUUGCUUCUAUUUUAUAUUCUGAACCAUAAUUAGAUAUUCAUUACCUCGUGUAUGAACUACUUACAGCACUUAGAUUUUAAUAAUUGUGAGGACUCAAGAAAAAUGUCAAAUAUCAACAUUAUCCUUAGUGUCAACAAGUCUUUGCCUCGACUGUAUUGUUGAAGUUGGUAGUAAACACUUGCACAUGUCUUCAUAGGGCAGAAGACUUGGAUUCUAUUAUGUAGAGAAAUAUAUUACACAAUUACGCUGAAUAACCUCUUCAAUUCUACAAACAAAGUGUGCUGAUUCUAAUUCAAUAGAGUAGAGAUUUAAUAAACCAAACCCCUCCAUGCCAGUGCUGGUUGAACAAGCUCACCCGCGUUUUAAGACAUUCUCUCAGGGUAGUCUGUCCUCAAAACAGUUUUUCUCCUCUAUGGCAAUGAUUAUGACAAAUAAAUACAGUAUGUCUUAUAGGGAAUAACUGAUAUAAUCUGACCUGUUGAAGUUGUAAGAAUGUGGGAAUGGCAACUUUCUCAGGAAGCAGUUGUUGGAAUUAAAUUCUGUACACCCCUGUCAAAGAUCAUAGAUUGAAACGGCCAGUGCGAAGCGAAUGGCUUGAGUUUUUGAAAACAGUGACUUUGCUGGUGGGUAGGGGGGUUGAGCCACCAACAUGCUUUUCUGGCCUUCGUACCAUCAUUUUGUGCAGAAAAUCAUGUACAAUUACUCUUUGAGGGACUUUUGUGAUGAAACAUGGACAAGUGGCAGAAAAAAUAUAUUUAACGUUGCUGUUAUUCUCAUAAAAAUCUCAUUGUUUUGCAUGCAAACCUUUCAUUUAGAUCUCAUAACAACGGGUAGACUGUGUUUUUGUGAUGGUCUUGCACAGCGACAUUUUAUCAGUCUUUUUACUGUAGUGAAAUCCAUGCAUGGUGCAGCUGAUACAUUUGGCUCACAAUUUCAUCAUGAAUCCACUCUGACAACAAGCCAUUAGCUACCCUGUAAACAUUGCUGUCAUAUAAAUAUUAAAAUUGUUGUUGUUGUUUUUUUUUUUUUUUUUGGUGACAUAUCUUAUCCAUACCCCAAGCAUUAUCCUCGGAGGAGUAAUGCAUUGUAAUAAGGUGUGAUUACAGAGCCUUUAGGCUUUUAACCAUGGGAUUUACAAAAGCAAAGCUUUUUGGAAAACAAUACUUAGUCGUGAUGUUUUGUUUUGUUUAACUGACAAUAGUCAAUAAAAAUAAUACAUAAAUAUUACAUUUUUCAGGACCAAUUUCACCCAGCUGUGCAUAUGGGGAUGAUAAUGACAACGUUGAAGGUUUGUUGCAAUAUCCCUUGCGAGUCAACCAUGAAUCAAGAAGAACUCACACCAUCCUAUUCAAUGUUGAAGAGUGGAUGACGUACCUUCUCGCAAAUGAAGUUGUAAGCCAUCAUUCAAUACAUAAUUGUUUUAAGACA